AUGUUAUCUUUUAAAAGAUCCUUCCAUUUAACUCGUCAAGUUCAAUCACAUAUCGGGAAAGCACCAAUUUUGCUAACACCCGAAACUAAGGUAGAAAUCAUUAAAAUUUCAACUCCAAAAAUUCUUAGAAAACCAGGUCUAGGUAAAUCCCUAACUUUUCACAAGUUGAUAAACAUUAAAGGCCCCUUAGGUGAAUUAGCAGUUGAUAUACCCAAUUUUAUCAAGAUUGACAAUACAACUAAUAAAAACAAGCAUCAUACAAUAAAUAUUUCUAUUGAGGAUGAAAAUAACAAAUUGCAGAAAUCAAUGUGGGGCACCAUAAGAUCAUUGAUUAAUAACAGCAUAAUCGGUGUCAACGAGGGUCAUUUAAGUAUUUUGAAAUUUGUUGGUACUGGUUAUCGAUGUCAGAUUCUAAAAGAUUCCAACUUUAUUAGUGUUAAGGUAGGUGCAUCAGUUACUCAAGGCCUACACAUUCCUCCUGGUAUUAAGGUUUCUAGUCCAGUUCCUACUUCCUUGAUUAUUGAAGGUUGUGAUAAGCAACAAGUUGGUUUAUUUGCUGCCAAUUUGAGAAAAUUCCAUCCACCAGAACCUUAUAAGGGUAAAGGUAUAUAUGUUAAUGACGAAACAAUAAAAUUGAAGGAUAAGAAGAUUAAAUAG